AGUCAGUGAACGAUCCUAAAGAACUAAACAUCACAGUUUCCCAUUCUAAAUUUCUAAUUUUUAAUUUUUUAUACGCUUUGAUUGAGAUUUUUGAGAGGUUUUAAGUGGAAAGUGUUAGACCAUGCCAAGACAUCGUCGUCGUCGUUGGCGCCGUACCACAGAUUUACCCUCUGAUGUCAACGGCGGAUUAGUUAAGACUCUGGAAGUAGUUGCUGACGGUCCGCUGACCUUCAAGUUCUACGCCCGACACGAUUGGCCGUACUUCAACUGCAGCGAUGAGAAGCUUCAGGAGAUGCGUGAAAAGCACCGUAGGGAUCUACUGCCAGAAGCAAAUUCGAAUGUUGUAGCCAAGCCAUCGGCCAUUUCAGUCAGCCCGCCUGCAGCGAGGCAUGUCAGAACGCGUCCCAUGACUGAGAACCAAAUGUAUGGCUGGUAUCAGCAGCGCUUAUGAGUGCUUGAAAGAGGAUGGCGGCGUCUCCAAGAUGCUUGAGAAUGAACACCAAAGACAUCGAUUGGAUGGCUAAGGAGAG